AUGGCCAGGCCAGAAAUUGAUGGAACGACGCAUGCACACAAACCAUCUCUCUCCUUUGCCGAUUCUCCUGCACUUGAGCGUACACCACAUGGUAUGGCCACGUUCCGUGCACUUGAAUCAGAAACCGGGCUACCAAGAAUCCCGAAUGGGUACGGUUCAUCUGCCUCUACAAAUGAUUGUGGCAGCGAAGCAGACGAAGCAUUAAUGUCAAUGGAUAAUGACUUUGGAGAGAAACGCAAGCUAAACGGUUCAUCUUAUGGUCCUCGUAAAUGCGCACGUCUCAUCCCUGCUCCCUUUGCGCCUAUUCCCACCGCAGACGACCCGAACUCGAGCUGGUGGUGCUAUGUUCAGUCCGACUCACUUCUCGCCAAUGGACUUCCAGCUCUUCCCCAGCCCUUCGUUGCAUCAACCCCCAUCCGCAAUUUCUGUACUCUCGCGCCCAACAUCCUCCUCACUGUCAUGAAUACGAACAUUAAAACGCUCAAACGGGUCCGAUGGAUGCACGCUAAGUUUACCACGCUCAACCUGAAUGUAGAAGAGGGUGGAAUGGGGGACGAGCUGCCAGAUAUUGGGGAAGAAGGCAGGGUUGACAAGGUCAUAGAUGAGCGACCAUGGCAAGCAAGAUAUGCUGACCUUGGACAGGUCAAGGGAUCGGUGGAACUAGAAGUGAGUGAGAAGAAUGCGGAUGAGUGUCUGAAAUGGAUGAAUCGGAAGGUAAUAGAGCAUAAAGGAUUUCAAGGGACGUCAAGCAUUGCACUGGAUGUGAUGGUGGGGGUAACAUCUGAGUAUUUGCUCAAUGUCGGUCGAAUGCUACGAUUGAUGUGCGAUGAGUAUGUGAAGAGCAUGACACCAGAGGAAAUCAUUCUUCAUACACUCUUCGAGAGUGGAAUCGCGAAGAUUCAAGAUCUUGAACUGUACAUCAAGGACGACAUCAUCCGGCAUGGUUCGCGCCUUAUCAACCUCGAGAAAAAGCUUGUUGGAGCGUAUCGCAAAGCUGUGGAACUUAUCGACAAUGGCACACUUUUUGCUGGUGAGGAUUACGAAGGUGACAACAGUGCCUUUGUUACAGGUGGGUUUUAUGACUCACUUGGUGAUGAUUUUCUCGGGUUACAGGAGCUUGGCGUCGCUGCGGAAUUGGGGCUAUCGAGUCUCACUAUCCCAAAGAAGCUACUCAAAGGGAAAUCACGGGGAACAGCAGGGGGUGCUAUCGAGUAG